AUGAAAGUUUUUCCGGCUGCGAUGCUUCUGCUUGCGUUUUGGAGUGUGGAGUGGGAGCCUGUGCUUCCCGAUUCCAUUAUUCACAUCGGGGCCAUAUUUGAUGAGUCUGCCAAAAAGGAUGACGAGGUGUUCCGCAUGGCAGUGGCUGAUCUCAACCUCAACAACGAGAUCCUUGAGACGGAGAAGAUUACCUUCUCAGUGGAGUUUGUGGAUGGGAACAACCCCUUCCAGGCAGUGCAGGAAGCCUGUGAACUGAUGAACAGGGGCAUCCUUGCUCUGGUGAGCUCAAUCGGAUGCAUGUCUGCAGGCUCACUCCAAACUCUGGCUGAUGCCAUGCACAUCCCUCAUCUGUUUAUCCAGCAGGCACCAGCAGGAACCCCUCGCUCCAGCUGCCCUCCAACCAGCCAUGGGCAACCUGAUGACUACACACUCUUUGUCCGGCCCCCUGUGUACCUGAAUGAUGUCAUCUUCCAUGUGGUGAUGGAGUAUUCCUGGCAGAAGUUUAUCAUCUUUUAUGACACAGAUUAUGAUAUCCGAGGGAUCCAGGACUUUCUGGACAAGUCAUCCCAGCAGGGGAUGGAUGUGUCCUUACAAAAGGUGGAAUCGAACAUUAACAUGAUGAUUACUGGGAUGUUCCGCACCAUGAGGAUGGAAGAGUUGCAUCGCUACCGGGACACCCUGCGCCGAGCCGUUCUCUUCAUGAGUCCUGCAAGUGCCAAGGCCUUCAUUUCAGAGGUAGUGGAAACCAACUUGAUCGCUUUUGAUUGCCACUGGAUCAUCAUAAAUGAGGAGAUCUCAGAUCUGGAUGUGCAGGAGUUGGUGAUGAAGUCUAUAGGACGUCUCACUCUCAUCCGACAGACCUUCCCUCUUCCUCAGAACACCAGUCAGCAAUGUGUGCGGAACAACCACCGCAUCAACAACUCGCUCUGUAACUCCAAAGACCCCAAGGCUCAGACAUUAGAGAUCACCAACCGCUAUAUCUACGACACAGUAUUACUGCUGGCCAACACCUUCCACAGGAAGCUGGAGGACCGCAAGUGGCACAGCAUGGCGAGCCUCUCGUGCAUCCGAAAAGGAUCCAAGCCAUGGCAGGGUGGCCGCUCCAUGCUGGAGACUGUCAAAAAGAGUGGAGUGAGUGGUCUGACAAAUUUGCUGGAAUUCAAUGAUAAUGGCACAAACCCCAACAUCUUCUUUGAAAUCCUUGGGACGAACUAUGGUGAGGACCGUGGCCGUGGAGUCAGCAGGCUGGCGACUUGGGACCCUGUCCAUGGACUAAAUGGAACCUUGUCAGACCGGAAGCUGGAGAACAACAUGCGUGGGGUGGUACUACGUGUUGUUACUAUCCUGGAGGAGCCAUUUGUCAUGGUGUCGGAGAAUGUGUUGGGGAAGCCCAAAAAGUAUCAGGGAUUCGCCAUCGAUGUUUUGGAUGCUCUGUCUAAUUACCUCGGCUUCAAGUAUGAGAUCUAUUUAGCUCCUGAUCACAAAUAUGGCAGCCAGCAGGCUGAUGGAACCUGGAAUGGUCUAAUUGGAGAGCUGGUGUUCAAGAGAGCAGAUGUGGGGAUCUCAGCGCUGACCAUCACGCCUGAGCGAGAGAGUGUAGUGGACUUCACCACACGCUACAUGGACUACUCAGUGGGCGUGCUCCUGAAGAAAGCUGAACGUACAGUGGACAUGUUUGCCUGCUUGGCACCCUUCGACCUGUCACUGUGGGCAUGCAUUGCUGGCACGGUGAUCCUUGUAGGCACACUGGUGUACCUGCUCAACUGGCUCAACCCACCACGGCUGCCCAUGGGAUCUGUGUCCUCCACCACUCUCUAUAACUCCAUGUGGUUCGUCUAUGGCUCCUUCGUGCAGCAGGGUGGAGAAGUACCCUACACUACUUUAGCCACGAGGUUGAUGAUGGGUGUUUGGUGGCUCUUUGCUUUGAUCGUCAUUUCUUCUUACACGGCUAAUCUGGCAGCCUUCCUCACCAUUUCCCGCAUUGAAAACUCCAUCCAGUCCCUUCAGGACCUCUCCAAGCAGACGGAACUGCCAUACGGCACUGUGCUGGACUCCGCUGUGUACGACCAGCUGCGCAAUAAAGGCAUGAACCCUUUUGAGCGAGAUCCCAUGUACUCACAGAUGUGGAGGAUGAUCAACCAGUCAGGAGGAGUUGAUAAUAACGUGGAGGACUCAAAGGAAGGUAUUCGCAAGGUAAAGUAUGGUCGCUUUGCAUUUGUGUGGGAUGCAGCUGUGCUGGAGUAUGUGGCCAUUAAUGAUGAGGACUGCUCCUUCUACACUGUGAGCAACAAUGCACCAGAUAGAGGCUACGGGAUUGCCAUGCAGCACGGCAGCCCUUACAGAGACAUCUUUUCUCAGAGGAUCUUGGAGCUGCAGCAGAAUGGGGACAUGGAUAUUCUGAAGCUGAAGUGGUGGCCCAGAGAGAGCCCAUGUGACUUGUACUCUGCUGUGGGUACCAAGAAAAGUGCCAGUGCCCUGGACAUCCACAGUUUUGCUGGCGUGUUCUUUGUGCUUGCAGCCGGUGUGGUGUUGUCUUGCCUCAUUGCCACUGUUGAGACCUGGUGGACACGGAGGAAGGGAUCCAGAGUGCCCUCUAAGGAGGAUGACAAGGAGAUCGACCUGGAGCACCUCCAUCGGCGCGUGAACAGCCUGUGCACGGAAGAUGAGAGCCCGCACAAGCAGUUCUCCACCUCUUCAAUGGAUCUGACACCACUGGACAUGGACUCAUUGCCAGCGGCACGCCAGGCCCUAGAGCAGAUCAGCGAUUUCCGUAACACACACAUCACCACCACCACCUUCAUCCCCGAACAGAUCCAGACACUGAGCCGCAGCCUUUCUGCCAAGGCAGCAUCCGGCUUUGCUUUCGGCGCCAUGCCCGACCAGCGGACUGGCGCCGGGCCCUUCAGACAGCGCGCGCCCAAUGGAGGCUUCUUCCGCAGCCCCAUCAAGACCAUGUCCAGCAUCCCUUACCAGCCCACACCAGCACCAAGCUUCAGCUAUGGCAACGAUCCAGACCGGGGCACCUCCAUAUGA